UCUCGCGUACGUUCUCAAACUCUCGCGAGGGUUGGUGUAAUCACAUACGUGGCUUUUAGCUAGGUUCUUCCUGCGGAAGUGUCGAGUUCAGUAGCUGACAGAAUGGAGCUGGAAGCCAUGACAAGAUACACAAGUCCGGUAAACCCGGCUGUGUUUCCCCAUCUAACGGUGGUGCUGCUGGCAAUCGGCAUGUUCUUCACAGCAUGGUUCUUUGUCUAUGAGGUAACAUCAACAAAAUACACACGAGAUGUAUACAAGGAGCUGCUCAUCUCACUGGUCGCAUCACUCUUCAUGGGGUUUGGAGUUCUCUUCUUGCUACUUUGGGUUGGAAUAUAUGUCUGAUGGUGGCAGGCAGAAAGAAGGCAGAUAAAGAAGAACAUUCCGGUGGCUCUGCGUUUCCACAGUGCUUUCAGCCAAACCACAAACACUAGUAUCAGGAUCAAGAACGGACUUUGCACUGGCAGAAUGUUGGGAAUUGGGGUUGACUUCAUAAAUAAAACACAUUUUGUAAGAA